CCGCUCUCGCUGGUUCCGCCGGAAGUGAGGCGCGGAGGCGGUGUAAUGGCGGCAGAAGGAGACGUGGAGCUGGAGUUGGAGACUGAGCCUAACGGUUCCGGUGGAGGCAGCGAUGGGGCGGGAGGAAGGGCGGCCGAGAAGCCGCAACAUGAUAGCGGAGCGGCGGACCUGGAAAGGGUGACGGACUACGCGGAGGAGAAGGAGAUCCAGAGCUCCAACUUGGAGACGGCCAUGUCGGUGAUUGGAGACCGGCGGUCCCGCGAGCAGAAGGCGAAGCAGGAGAGGGAGAAGGAAUUGGCCAAAGUCACCAUCAAAAAAGAAGACCUGGAGCUGAUUAUGAAUGAGAUGGAGAUCUCACGGGCAGCUGCAGAGCGUAGUCUACGGGAGCACAUGGGCAACGUGGUGGAAGCACUGAUCACCCUCACCAACUGAGCGUGGGCUGUGAAGCUGCACUGGCUCUGUGCUCCCUUGUUCUGAGAACAGCAACGUGACCUUGGCUGGAGAUGAUGUAUGUUAACUUAUUGAAUAAAGGCACCAGUGGGAACAGGC